CUUGAUGCUCGCUUCUUCUUAUUUGCCCAAUUUCUGGCGUACAUUCUCCCUGAGAGAACCGAGGUAGAGUCGUCAAAAUGGCGAUCACAGCCGGAGCUGGAGUCGACCUCGGACUCUCCCGCUCCCCUUUUCUUUCUCGCUUCAAGAAGAUGACUCCCAAUCGAUGCCCCUUUCUUCCCAGAAAAGCGCGGAGAGCGAAACCCGCCUUGGCGGCGAUGGGGGCGGCCGACCUACUCGCCGAGCUGACGCGCCAUGUUGAGCCGUUCUUUGGCGUGGGCGUGGGCCUUCCCUGCACGGUGAUGGAGUGCGGCGAUAUCAUUUACCGCAGCACUCUCCCAAGGCAGAGUGGGCUCACCAUCACGGCUCCCGGUGUUGCCCUAGCUCUAGCUGCCGUCUCCUAUCUCUGGGCUACCCCAGGUGUUGCCCCGGGAUUUUUUGACAUGUUCGUUCUCGCUUUUGUUGAGCGCUUGUUUCGCCCCUUCUAUCGCAAGGAUGACUUCGUAUUAGGGAAGAAGCUUGGCGAGGGAGCCUUCGGUGUUGUAUUCAGGGCCUCCUUUGCGAAGUCCAAGCCUUCCGCCCCUAAGGGCGAUCUGGUUGUGAAGAAGGCCACGGAGUAUGGUGCCGUGGAGAUCUGGAUGAACGAGCGGGCGCGGAGGGCUUGCUCCAAUAGCUGUGCCGACUUUGUGUAUGGCUUCCGAGAGAGCUCCCCGAAGGGGAAGGGUAAAGGUGAGUACUGGCUCAUAUGGCGGUUUGAGGGUGUGGAUACACUGUCUGAUCUCUUGACAAGUAAAGAAUUCCCCUACAAUGUAGAGGCAAAAAUCCUUGGAGAGGUUCAAGACUUGCCUAAGGGCUUGGAGCGAGAAAAUAGAAUUAUUCAAACCAUAAUGCGGCAGCUUUUGUUUGCUCUUGAUUCACUUCAUUCGACAGGGAUAGUGCACAGGGACAUAAAGCCCCAAAACAUAAUCUUUUCUGAAGGGUCACGCACGUUCAAAAUCAUUGAUCUUGGAGCAGCAGCAGAUUUACGUGUUGGUAUUAAUUAUGUUCCGAAAGAAUUUCUUUUGGAUCCAAGGUAUGCUGCCCCUGAGCAAUAUAUCAUGAGUACACAAACCCCAUCUGCACCUUCUGCUCCAGUUGCGACUGCAUUGUCCCCUGUCUUGUGGCAGAUGAACUUACCGGAUAGAUUUGACGUGUACAGCUUGGGACUUAUAUUCUUGCAGAUGGCAUUUCCAUCAUUGCGAACCGAUAGUAGCCUUAUACAAUUCAACCGUCAAUUAAAAAGGUGCGGAUAUGAUCUCGAAGCAUGGAGGAAGACAGUCGAACCUCGUGCCAACUCAGAUCUGAGGAAAGGCUUUGACUUGUUAGAUUUAGAGAGGGGGAUUGGAUGGGAUCUUCUAACUUCCAUGGUUCUUUAUAAAGCACGGCAGAGAACUAGCGCAAAAGCUGCACUAGCUCAUCCAUACUUCAACCAGGAAGGAUUGUUAGGUCUAUCCUACAUGCAAAAUCUGAGGUUGCAGUGGUUUCGUGCGACCCAAAAGGAUUACGGUGAAGCUGCUCAGUGGUUAGUCGGCCUAAUGGCAAGAUCAGGCACCGCAUCACAAGGGGGCUUCACAGAAGUACAACUUGAGCAAUUAAGGGAAAUUGAGCCGAAGAAAGGAACCGUACAGAGGAAUGGUCUGGCUUCAUUUCUUCUUCUCCAGAGGAAAAUUAUUAAAUCACUCAAUAAUAACGUGGAUGAGAUAACCAGGCAGAGCAAGAGGAUAUGGUGGAGCAGGUGGAUUCCUAGUGAAGAAUAAGGUAGCUUCAUGAUACCGAUUAUGUAAAUUUUGUGCAGAGUUAAUGGCAUUUUUACAAUUUUCUACUAUCAUGUUUCUCAACUAUUUACUGAAUUUCAUGUGUGAUUUAGGGUCACCAAAUUAUGCCUAAUUCUUUACAGUCAUAUCUCAUUAAAAAUAUAUUAUCACA